ACACCACCAAUAACACACGCACUCAGCUGCAGAGAAGGCGGGUGGAGAGAGAGAGCGCGCGGCAGCGAGAGAGAGAGAACUAGAGAGAGAGAUAGAGAGAGGGUGUGUAGCCUGUACUGUAUGUGUGAGCGACGGAGCGCAGUAUUUGUGCGGACUCGAGGCGCAGAGACACUCGGUACCGUGAGAGAAAACAUAAAUACGGAUACCACAGAACCAGUCAGGGAUCUACAGACACGGAAUAAUCAUCAAUAUCGAGUCGCGCGUUUGGUCUGCGACGGAAGCCGUUUCCUUCAGACCUGCUGCGGUAAACGAUUAAUUUAUAUGGUCCAGCAUCUUGGCAGAGACUGAUUUAUAUAUGUAUACGCAUAAUUAAGUACUACCUGCUGCUAUUUUCAUCUUUUGUGUCUGAGUAUUCGUCUAAUUGACUCAUUGAUCAAGGCUUCGUUGACAGUGGCAAUGAUAGUACACAUAUAGGCUUCUUCUCGAGCUGAAGGACUGCAGUGGAGGACGGGUUUCCCUGGGAUACGUUUGGAUUUUUUUUUCUAAGGGUAGUAAGGACUCGAUCAGCAUCCACUUGUGUAAAAUGAACAUUGAAAAUGGCCGUGUGUUAUUCUUGACACCUUAACACAGCGGGGAAGAUUUUCUUCAGGCAUUUUCCAAUCAGAGUUGGGUUCCAGCAUUAUCCAGCUAUUAUGUAGCCUAUACGCUCACGUCUAUACGGUUAUCAUCAGUGUUCAUUAUUGAGUAUUAAUUAGAAUCAACCCAGGGCCUUCUUGUGAUUUCUGUCAUCAAAAUGCCGGCUGGAAUGAAGCCUCUUGAAAAAUUCUUGAAGAAACAGACCAAUGCACUCACUCGGGCGGGUGGUUUUGGGGAGAAGGCCACCGGCACCGGGGCAUCCAGGCGGCGGGCCAGCCUGUCCCGUGUGGUGCCGUUCUUCAGGGAGACGUCUCCCGAAAGCGGCCCGGCGAGAGAGGUGUUCAGCCCGGAGACCGAAGAAGCGCCGUGCUGGCCAUCCGCCACUGCGGACAUCAGGAGCCCGUCGUUGUCCAGCGAUGAGCAGAGCUCAGAGGCGAGUCUGGACACGAACUGGACCCCGCUGACCGCGGACACUCCAGACAAUCUAGCGCUGGCGCUGCUGGAUAGUGUGGCGGGAAAGCGGUACGCAAACUGCACAGAAAUACUCCUGGAUGACUUCAUGCUGACACACCCAAUCUUCCUGGCCCCAGACAAGUUCCAGCAGGUCUUGCUUCAGCAAUUCAGCUCAGAGGGUAAACAGGGUGAGGGCUGGCCCGGCUGGGAUGGAGCUGAGCGGAAACUUGCAGUUCUGACUGUGGCCUUCCGCUAUCUGGACACAUACAGAGACUUACUGCAGGAGGAGGGAGAUCGCUCCAACACCUUCCCAAAGGAUCUGUAUUUGUGCGCCGUUCAGGAGCUAAGUCGCUUUCCUGAACUGGUGGAAGACGUCCUGAAACUUCAGCGCUGGACUGAGAUAUUACACAGCCCAGCCGAGGAAGACAAGGAAAGUCGCAAGAAGCAAGUUCGCCCGCUCUUCCGACACUUCAGACGUAUCGACGCCUGCCUGCAGCCCCGAGAGGCUUUCCGUGGCUCAGACGAGAUCUUCUGCAGGGUUUAUACACCAGAUCACUCGUACGUGACCAUUCGGAGCCGUCUUUCAUGCCGGGUCGGGGAGAUCUUGGCUCUGGUGAGAGAGAAGCUCCAGUAUAGUGAGGACCAGCCCACCCAACCUGCCAACCUUAUACUGGUGGCCGUCACCUCAUCUGGAGAGAAGGCUGUGUUCCGUCCCAGCGACGAGGCCGUUUUCACCACCCUGGGCGUCAACACCCACCUGUUCGCCUGCGAGCCCUCAGAGCUCGAGAGCUUGAUACCUCUCCCUGAGGAGAUCCACUGGUCACCAGGCGACAGCAAACUCCAUGAUAUGAGUGCAGAGGAGGUGGCCAAUCAGCUGGUGGUGUUCGACUGGGAACUCUUCAGCUGUGUGCACGAGGUGGAGUUUGUGUGUUACGUGUUCCAUGGGGAACAGGCCCGCUGGCGCCCCCUCAACCUGGAGCUGAUCCUGCAGCGAUGCAGUGAAGUGCAGCACUGGGUCGCCACAGAGAUCCUGCAGUGCCAGUCGCUUCCAAAGAGGAUACAGCUACUGCGCAAGUUCAUAAAGAUUGCAGCCUUAUGUAAACAGCAGCAGGAUCUGCUGUCGUUCCUGGCGCUGGUUCUGGGACUGGACAACCCUGCAGUCAGCCGCCUACGUCUGACCUGGGAAGGUUUGCCAGGAAAGUUCCGGAAGCAGUUUCAGCAGUUUGAGAGCACUGCGGACCCUUCGAGGAACCACAAGUCAUACCGAGACCUUCUAGCAAGCCUGAGAGCCCCACUCAUACCCUUCACUCCACUGCUGCUAAAGGAUCUGACCUUCCUUCAUGAGAGCUGUAAGACUUUCCAUGGGGAGCUGGUUAAUUUUGAAAAGAUGCACAAAGUGGCCGAGAUGGUGCGAAGCAUCAGGCGGUAUAGGAGCACUCAGCUAGCGAUGGAGGCCGAGCCGUCCCCUUCUCACCUCCAGACGAAAGCGUAUGUUCGGCAGCUGCAGGUCAUCGACAAUCAGAACCUGCUUUUUGAGAUGUCCAGCAAGCUGGAGCCAAAAGACAUGUGAAGGGACCAAGUGUACCCACAAGCCAUAUCUACAAAACCUCUUGUUCCCCCCAAUAAACCCAGACACCAAACCCUUCAUUCUCCAUUGUCGCAGAUUAACCCAGCUGGGCUGUCAAUCAUCUCAGGCUCCGCCUCCGAAUCAUUGAACGAGGACAUUUGUUCAUGAAAAUGGUGUGAAUUGUGCUUUGAGUGAUUCUGUGUCGAUGUUAAUUAUGACCACGCAUAGGGAUCUGGAUUCAUUUCUACCUUUAUUUUUUUCGCUGUUCACGACUGAAGGGAAACCUGUCCUGAUUGCACUGCCAUCAGUUGAACUGAACCAAACCGGAAUAAGCUUAAUGCGUACAACUUUUCAUCUGGGCCUUCAGAGAAACAGACUGCAUUUUGGCCAUUCAUUAUCCUAAAAUACAUGAGACAAUCUGACCUCUUGAACUCUGACCUCUGGUCUUCCCUCUUCCCCUGCCAACAUUGGCACUUACUGCAACCCUGUGUGUAACUUGGCUGCAGUCGUUAGAUCUUAGUGUUCUGAACAAUAUGGAUCCCCAGCCAUCAAAUGAGUCCCGAAUCCAAGACCAGCUCCAACGUGCAGGAUGUUUUCAUAAAUAACCCGAAUAAUGUAAAUGAAGUCAUAAUCUAGAAGAAAUUCACUUUAACUGGACAUUGAAGUGAAUGUACAGGAACUUGUUUACUGCAAAAAAUGGAUUAUAUUAAUAUUUCUGUCUUGUUUUUUCAAGAAAAAUUAUUUUCUUGAAACAAAAUUGCAUAAUAAUAAUAAAAUAAUUUAAUAUUUAAACAUUUAAUAAUUCCAAUAUAUUUAAUAUAGAUUUUAAAUAUUAUAUAUAAUAAACACUACAUUUUUUUUUAGAUUUAUACUUCUAAAAAAAUGAGUAUAAAAACUAUUGUGCAUACUCUGAAAACAAAUUUUAAUAUGCAAUUUUGUUUCUCAAAUCAAAUUUGAAUUAAAAUGUAAAUGUAUCUUGUUUCAAUGUUUAGAUAUUAGUUCUGAAAAACAAGCAAAAAUACUGAUAAUUUAUUUAUUUUUGCUGUUUUUAAGCCAAAUUUAACUUUCACUGCUGUUAAUAUAUUAAAAAUUAGUACCAGACCAAAAUGAAAAAAAGACCAAAUGCAGUAUCUUAUGUUUGGACAGAACCACUUAUAACGCUUUAUGUUAAUAUAGUUAAUAUGCCGUUAAUAUAGUUCCUGAUGGCCCAGCUUCGUUUCUAGUCGAGCUUUACUUGGUCAAGCACUUGUUUUCAGUAUGCCCUUGUGUUAUGUUGAAAGGGCCAAUGGUAAAGUUAAUUCUCAUGACUGGAAAAGUGUUUAUUUGCACCCAAGUUUACUCCUGAACGACCCCAAUCUAGUAAGUCAAAAUUGGCUCUGAGCAGGCCUCUGUACGGGAUGACUUGUCUUGGAUUGGACUCUCUCAGGAUCUCCUCCUGAGGUCAUAUAAGGGACAGCCUGUAAGGCUGCACUGUACAUAUGUCAUGUAAAUAGCAAAAUAAAUAUGAAUAUGAUUCUAUUUUAUGUAAGAGCUAUGAGAUGGACUCUCAAGAAGAAUAUUUGUUUUGUAAAUCUAAGAAAAUAAAGUAUGUGUACAGUUUAAAAGGAGACAACCCAGACAGAGUCUGUGGUUUGCGAUGAAAGAAUUGUAUAGCAUAUUUGCUGGUUUUGUUGUUUCGGUUUGAUAUCAUUUCUUAUCCAUUACAGAUGACUUGUACAUAUCCUCUGUUUUGGUUGCAUAGUUUUUUUGCAUUGUCUGUCUGCAAUGGAUGAAUUGUACAGCAUGUAGUUGGUUUAGUUGGAUUUUGCUGUUUUUAUUUGGUAAAAGUUUCUCAUUUUGUUUUUAUUUGAUCUUUUUAAAGCGGGUAUUCUAUUGUUGUUUUUGGUUUUGUACAGAAGUCCGUGUUUACAGUGCGUUUCUCUGAAACUCAGACAUGUCCAAUGAAAGACACGGAGGGCGGGGCAGGCGACACUGCCCCGCCCCCUUUUAUUGACAUGAGUCAAAGAUGCAUCUAAAAUAAAGCCUCUUGUGAUGAGCACUCGA